AUGAGCGCUGGUGGUGGUAGUAACAAAUUGAUCUCUGUUCACCCAGAAGAGCUCAGGUUCCUAUUUGAAUUAGAGAAACAAACCUAUUGCGAUCUUAAGAUAGCCAACAACACCGAGAAUUAUGUCGCGUUUAAGGUCAAAACUACUUCACCGAAGAAAUAUUUUGUACGACCAAACACGGGUAUUGUACAACCGCGAGAUUCUUGCGUAAUAAGAGUGACUCUUCAAGCACAAGUAGAGUAUCCUCCAAAUAUGCAAUGUAAUGACAAGUUUUUACUACAAACCACGAAAGUCGAGCAACAUAGCGAAGUUGAAGAGCUUCCAUCCGAUACGUUUUCCAAGGAAAGUGGAAGAAAAAUAGAGGAGUUUAAACUCAAGGUUUUCUAUCUAUCUCCUCGAGAAAAUUUUGGAAGUUCCGAAAAUGAAUUACCAAGGACACAAUCCGGUAGCGAUAAUGUGAGUUCAUAUACGCAAACAUUUCUACUUUCUCCUUUUUCUUAUAAAGAUUUGAUCGUUAUUAAUCAUGGCGUGUUGAUACAGGAUAUGUUGAAGAGACAAAAGAAUCAAAAAGGGGUUGAUUCCUCGGGUUUCUUUCUUGCUUAUGCAAUCAUGGUUGCAUUAGUUGGAAUCAUGAUGGGAUUACUUUUAGACAUUGCAGCGGCUUAG